UUGGCGGCAUCGCCAGGCACUCCAGGCAGGGCAAGCAGGCAGGCCGAGGGAGCGGUACGGUAGACCGUAGAAGUUAGGUGCGAGACGCGGAGCAAGAGCGGAGGAGAAACGGCACGGCACGGCGCGGCGCGGCGCGGUUUCGGCUUCUCGGCAUCGGCUUCGGAAAUGGCCGCGGGAAAGUAGAGAGCGGAGCGUUUCGUCGCUGGCUGGCAGGCUGCGGUUCGGUUGGUCGGUCCGUCGGUUGGUUGGCCGGGUUGGAUCGGUGUCGGUCGUGGUCCUUAAAGUUUUCGGAGCGCCGUGCGCUGCUCGUUCAUCCGGCUGCAUCGGGGCCGCGCGAUCGAUUCACACGCACCAGACGAUCUCGCGGAUCAACAUGAGAUGUGAGAGCGGCGCAUCACCGAGGAAAUCCGAGAAGACGUCGUUGGGAAACGGAAGCGACCUCGACGGAGGCGAGGAGUGGCGCUCGGUGGGUACGAUUCCUCGCUCCGGUUCGGUUCGCGAGAAGAGGAUGGCCGGCGACGACGGGACGACGACGAACAAUGAGAUCCUCGGCGCGGAGGGUGGGGAGGAGGGGCAGGGUACGUCAGCGCGAGGGGAACUGCAUUCCAGAGUGGGCGGCAUUCUGGAAUGCGAUCCCCCCGGUAACAGGAAUUCGUCGAACGAACGAGCCGCCGCCGCCGCCACCGCCACCGCCGCUGCUAACAACGAGGACGGUGUCUGCCGAUAUGCGGUCGGCGCUGCUAACCGCGCUAUGUCUUUCUUCGAGAUGUGCCAGAUUCGACUCCAGUAUCUGUUUCCACAACUGAGUCCACCUCCACGUUACAAUAUCCACGAUGACUCCAUAGAAUCGACUGCGGAAAUCCUGGCCAAUGAUGUGAUGCGAUACUUGUUGAAGGAAGACAUCUAUCUUAUAUCCCAGGAUCCAGUCUCCCGCAGCAUGAGACACAAUGUAUAUCAAAUGCUCAACAAACACAGCAUUCUAUUUACGAGUAUGGUAAAUCGUUUAAACGUCGUCCCUGAUACCGCUUAUGAAACAUUCAUGGGGGUCGCCAACGAGCUGUUCUUACACGGCGUUAUCACAUGGGCCAGGAUUGUCUGCUUGUAUGCUUUUAUGGGCAGAUUGGCUUUAUGGGCCAGGGACAGAAGAAUGCACAGUCUUAAAAAGAAAUUGCCUUUAUACGUCUCUAGAUAUGUUGGUGAAAAUAUAACACACUUUAUCAAAGGCUAUGGUGGAUGGGAACAAUUAUGCGUAGAGUAUCCUGUAGCCGAAGAAGUUAGUGGAGCAGUUUGGCGGAGUCUACUAAUGACAGGAGCUACUCUUGGUUUGAUCGCCACGAUCUUGUCAGUGACUUCCUGAUGGAACCUUACGGGAUCGUGUGAUCUGAGUAUGUUUUGUUGUCAAGAAGCUUUCGCGUACUUAUGUUCUAUGAGAACACUUGCAAAUGAAAUGUAAACAGAUUUUUAUAACGAACGCACAAUGUUACAUUUCACAUCGGAACAAUUUGAUUCGAACGCAGCGUUUGCUACGUCUAUACGAGGAAUAUGCAAAAUUAACAAGAGAUACAUCAACGCGUUGACAAACAUAAUUUUCAUAUCAAUGUCACUCGGGCUUAGAAUCAUCCUACUUUUUAUAUAACUCCGAACCUACAUAGCAUGAGCGACAGACAAUGACGCUAGUUUCCUAUUACAAUACCUUAUAACAGACUAGUGAAAUUAGUGGAAUAUCUUAUUUAAUUCUACAAUAGACAUU